AUUUUCUCGUCGAGGAGCUGACAGAACUUCCUCCCUUCGCCCCCGAGGUUUGGAACUGGAAUGGAGCUGCUUUUCUCCCGAACACUACAAGGUGUGUGAGGAGGGGGGGAGGCAGGAGACGAAAACACCGUGUGGACUCAGCCCGGCCCGACCCCCCGACAUCCACGAGGGAUGAUCCUGCACGGCGCUUGAUGUGGAAAACACUUGGAGACUCGAGAGACUUCGUCGUGCCCAGCAGCUUAAUUCUUGACUUGUUUUCUUAUUUUAUUUUUGCUUUUUUUUUUUUUUUUUUUUUAAAGUGGAUUCGUAGCAUUACUUUCGUGAAUUGAAUUUUGCCACCGUUUGUAGAGAAGCCAAAUGACACGUGUGUUUUGAAACACGGUUCCAAAUAUAUUUAUCCCUCCCUCGACCCGGAUUCUCUCUAGAAGGAGCCGCGGGGAGGCCGUCAGAGUCUAAACAAACCUGAUUUUUAGUGUUUUCUGAACACUACCUGCUGCAGAGAUGUUGCUAUAAAUUGCUUUAUAACGGUUCAGCAAGAAGGGAGAUUUUUUUUUUUAUUAUUAUUAUUAUUUUUCCAGCUUGCAGGACCCAGGAAACUGGAUACUUUAAAAGUCACUUAAAUGUUUUAACAGCGUUGGAAAAUGGGAGCUGCUACUAAGUUGGCGUUCGCUGUUUUUCUUAUCUCUUGUUCAUCAGGUGCCAUCCUGGGCAGGUCAGAGACUCAGGAGUGCAUCUACUACAACGCCAACUGGGAGAAGGAUAAAACCAACCGGAGCGGGAUCGAGCCUUGCUACGGGGACAAAGAUAAGAGGAGACACUGCUUUGCCACCUGGAAGAACAUUUCUGGGUCGAUUGAGAUCGUGAAGCAGGGCUGCUGGCUGGAUGACAUCAACUGCUAUGACAGGAACGACUGCAUAGAGAAGAAGGACAGCCCCGAGGUGUUUUUCUGUUGCUGUGAGGGCAACAUGUGCAACGAGCGCUUCUUCUACUUCCCGGAGAUGGAGGUGACGCAGCUAACUUCUCUUGCCUUGUUCUCUCCUCUCUCCAAGCAUGCCUUUCAUAUAAUGAUUGAGGAUCCUGGGCCUCCCCCACCGUCCCCGCUGAUGGGGCUGAAGCCUCUGCAGCUGCUGGAGAUCAAAGCCAGGGGCAGGUUCGGGUGUGUGUGGAAAGCUCAGCUCCUCAACGAGUACGUGGCGGUGAAAAUAUUCCCCAUCCAGGACAAGCAGUCGUGGCAGAACGAGUACGAGAUCUACAGCCUGCCGGGCAUGAAGCACGAGAACAUCCUGCAGUUCAUCGGCGCCGAGAAGAGGGGCAGCAGCAUCGACGUGGACCUCUGGCUCAUCACCGCCUUCCACGAGAAGGGCUCCCUGACGGAUUUCCUGAAGGCCAACGUGGUGUCGUGGUCGGAGCUGUGUCACAUCGCGCAGACCAUGGCGCGGGGCCUGGCCUACCUGCACGAGGACAUCCCGGGGCUCAAGGACGGCCACAAACCCGCCAUCUCACACAGGGACAUCAAAAGCAAGAAUGUGCUGCUCAAGAACAACCUCACGGCCUGCAUCGCUGAUUUCGGCCUGGCCCUCAAGUUCGAGGCUGGGAAAUCUGCAGGAGACACCCACGGGCAGGUGGGCACCCGGCGCUACAUGGCCCCGGAGGUGCUGGAAGGGGCCAUCAACUUCCAGCGGGACGCGUUCCUGAGGAUCGACAUGUACGCCAUGGGACUGGUGCUCUGGGAGCUGGCCUCGCGCUGCACGGCCUCCGACGGCCCCGUGGAUGAGUACAUGCUGCCCUUUGAGGAGGAGAUUGGCCAGCACCCCUCCCUGGAGGACAUGCAGGAGGUGGUGGUCCAUAAAAAGAAGAGGCCCGUCCUGAGGGAGUGUUGGCAGAAACAUUCUGGGAUGGCGAUGCUGUGCGAGACCAUCGAGGAGUGCUGGGAUCACGACGCCGAGGCGCGGCUGUCGGCGGGCUGCGUGGAGGAGAGGAUCAUCCAGAUGCAAAAACUGACUAACAUUAUAACCACGGAGGACAUCGUGACUGUGGUCACAAUGGUGACCAACGUGGACUUUCCUCCCAAAGAAUCCAGUCUAUGAUAGUUGCACUGGUCGUGGAAGCGCCCACGGGACUCUUCGGCGGAGCCGCUCCCGCGCGCACGGGCCGUGCCGGCGGGGAGAGCGGAUGGUAAGUCUCUCUGGAAGCAGCACCAAGAGGUGUUGGUUUGUCCUUUGUUUGCCCCUCCCCUCGUCCCCAGCGUGGAUCCACGAGACUUCCUGCAUUCCCUGCUCGCACCUGAAGGACAUGACCGGACCCCUCCCGUGCCGACGACAGCGAGGGACUUACAUGAAGAAUAACGGACCUGUCGGGGCUUAACGAGCGUUUUAAACACUGACACCCGAUUUCUUAAUCCCUGUCGGAAGAGACUAAUUCCUUACAUGAACUGCUGUUAUUUUUUUUAAAAUCAAACAGACAAAACAGAGAAAAAAAAAAAAAAACAAAAAAACCAUUUCAUUUCAGAUUUAAAAAACAAAACAAAACAAAAACAAACGACAGAAGAAAAACAAACAAACAGAAAACAAAAAAAAAACAAAAAAAGGGUAACUUUGUUUUUAUCGCAUUCGUCGUCGUUUCUAUCAAAAUGACUCGUCGUGACGCGACUACGACACAGCUUGUGAAUGUUCCGUGUGCUGCUGUUCCGUGUACAGGACCGAGAGGAAUCAGUGGGAUAGAGCAAAGAGGCUUCCAAGUAUUACUUAACCUCCCUCAAAACCAGGUAUACCUCAGUUCCACCUCCUAAAUUAUCGUCGACAACACUAAUUGGGAUGAUGAACCGCUCCGUGUUUUGUAAAUGAUGUUUAUUCCCCGUCCCUGUGUUAUUUAAGAAGGGGAAGGUGCCCCCAGGAAUGGCCAUUCCCAGAGCCGUGUUUUUUAGCCUUUUCUUGUACUCGCUUGUUGUGUAUAAAAA